ACAGCGAGCAGGGGAGGGCUGGAGACCGGUCUAAGAGAGGGAGAGGGAAGGAGAGUGAGACAUUGUGACCAGGGAAAGUUAGAAAAUAAGCAGUCCUGUGCUCAUCUUUCCUUGGCUGCUUCCUCCCUACUCCACUACCUGAGGCACACAUGCACACACACACAAGGAGGUGUUUCAGGGAGGCUUAGAGGGCUGACUGCAGGAAAGAAGGGAAUUAAACACUUUGUUUUCAAUCCACAGCGUCCAUACUCUGGACAAAAAAAAGGAAUUAGAGCUUGUACGCCUGCCCCACUUGUUCCUCUCUUCAUUCUGCAUUUUGUCUACACUGAGUCACUUUGGAGACUUUGGAUACAAUCUUCCUGAAUUGUUGGUUUCGGGCUCAGAAAGGAAUGGCACACGGACAAAAGAGCCCCAGGUGGGCAUUAACCCAAGGCUCCUUCAGCUUGGCACUGGGCUUGUCACUCUUCUCACUCCUUCUCCUCUUCCUCACCGCCUCAGCCGCAGAUGAGUACGACUACUACAGCUGGCAGUCGGACAAUUUCCACAAUGGCCGCUUUUACACCAAGCAGCCCCAGUGUGUGGACAUACCAGCUGACCUGCGCCUGUGCCACAAUGUGGGCUACAAAAAGAUGAGGCUGCCCAACCUCCUGGAUCACGAAACCAUGCCAGAGGUCAAGCAGCAGGCGGGUAGCUGGGUGCCCCUCCUGGCCAAACGCUGCCAUGCUGAUACCCAGGUCUUCCUGUGCUCUCUGUUUGCACCGGUGUGCCUGGACAGGCCCAUCUAUCCCUGCCGCUCGCUGUGUGAGGCUGUGAGGGACAGCUGUGCUCCGGUGAUGGAGACCUAUGGCUUCCCCUGGCCAGAGAUGCUGACCUGUGAUAAAUUUCCCAUUGAUAAUGACCUCUGCAUCCCCAUGCAGUUCACUGGGAACCAUGCGACCCAGCCUCCAGUGUCGAAGGUGUGCCCUCCGUGUGACAAUGAGCUGAAAGCAGAUAACAUAAUGGAGCAUUACUGCGCCAGUGACUUUGCCCUCAAGAUGAAAAUCAAGGAGGUGAAGAAGGAGAAGGGUGACAGGAAGCUGAUUGCGGCACAAAAGAAGAAGAAAGUGUUGAAGCAGGGUGUGCUGAGGAAGAAAGACCUGAAGAAACUAACCCUGUACAUCAAGAAUGGCGCCAACUGCCCAUGUGCCCAGCUUGACAGCCUGGGGUCCAACUUCCUCAUCAUGGGCCGUAAAGUGGACCAGCAACUGCUGCUCAUGUCCAUUCACAAGUGGGACAAGAAGAGCAAGGAGCUCAAGUUUGCCAUCAAGUACAUGAAGUCUCAUCAGUGUCCCACCUACCACACGGUCUUCCAGUGACGCGCCUCGCUGCACUGUUUGCACAAUCCACUAUAGCUCCCCACAUUCCACCCGGUUCCACGUAGAUCCAAACUGUGUGUCCCUGAACCCCAGAUCCCUGCACAAUCUGUUACCAAGCGCCGCAGCAUCGUCCUACAAGGGGUAGCAGUGCAGCCAAGCGUUUAUUUUCUCAGCUUUAACCCUUGUGUUGCCUUCGGGUCAAUUUGACCCGAUUCAAUGUUUCACCCUCCUGUCGCCUUCGGGUCAAUAUGACCCGAUUCAAUGUUUAACCCUCCUGUUACCUUUAUAUUUGCUAACAUAUUUUACCCUUGAGGUCAAUAUGACCCCAGCUAUUAAAAUCUCCAGAAAAUUAUUAGAAUUAAUAUUGUUUUCCAAGUUUAAGUGUGAGGUACUUUAUGUUUGUUUGUUGACUCCCGAAAGAACACCGACAUUAAACAUUGAAUCGGGUCAAAUUGACCCGAAGGCGACAGGAGGGUUAAAUAUUGAAUCGGGUCAAAAUGACCCGAAGGCAACACAAGGGUUAACAUGAAUCAAGUUGUCAAGGGGGUUGUCCUGAUCUGCUUAGAUGAAUCAGACAUGUCAAUGUUGGAGCGCGGAAAAGCUGCACACUCCGCAGCUCCCUCCUAACAAUAAAAAAACCCUGAAGAAGAAACCACAGAUUUUCCAACAAUUUCCAAGAAAUGCAGACAUUUUAAUCUCCCCCCCCCCCUUCUUCCAAUUCAAUGGAAUCUUCCUUAAUAAUUGUAUUUUCUUCUUCUGCUACAGUAAAAUAAAUCACUUAUACAAUAUCUGACAGAAGGUUUAUCAAGACAGUGGCAUUGAGGAAUGUGAAUCUAAAGAUUUGAGGUAACUUUUGUUGGGAAAACAUGUUUGACAAUGGAGUGACUCUAGAGAGACAGAAUGAGGAGGGAGCCGAGAGGGAAAGCAGAGUUUGAUUCAGUGUGAAAAAGAGAAAUGAAACACUGCAGUACAUGUGGGCUGUGCAAUGAGCACCCAGGAAAAACAUCAAAGCAAAGAUAUGUAGAUGAUCCACUUCAAUGUAUGUUUUAAUAAUGUAAAAAGUAGGUAAUUCAGAUGAAUACUAGAUGAUUAGUAAAUUGGGUCUUUUUUCUUUUAUCCCUGCUGGUUAAAGAAGAACAAUGGUACGAGACAGACUGGAAGACUGGAGGAUGCUUCAACUGACUUUGUACAGCAACACGUUUUGUGGCCUGAAAGAGGGAAACUUGAAUAUUUGUUGCUUUUUCGAUUUGAGAGCGAAGGAGAGAAAGGCAGAGAAGACUUCUUCCUGAAAACAAGUGGAGAAAGAAAGAGAGAGAAAGAGACUCUGGACAGAACCAACAAUGUUGGGUUGAUACGUUUCUGGUACUCGCUGUUUUUUACUAUCACUCUUCAAAUGUUUAUUUGUUUUGUACUUGUUUUGCUUCAGUUAAACUUGUUAAUGGACGCAGGAAUCAUACAUGCAGACAUAGCACCUAAAUUCACUGUUGCCGUAGCAGUAAAAGAUGAAGAUUUAACUUUGACAAUAUUUUCUAAUCAGUUAACCUGUAAGUACUGUAGUUAUGUUACUGAAAUACAUCUUUGUUUUACAAAAAAAGAAAAUGAAUAAAAUAUAUUUGAAAUUUGUAUAAAGAA